UUUUCAAGGGAGGUUUGUGAAGCACCGCCAAAAACCUCUUCGAGGGAGGUUUCCAACUCGAGUCUGUUAUUCUAUUCUCCCUCGCUGCUUCGAAUUUCACCACCACCCACCGCGCAUAUGAUAUGAAAGCCUCCUCGUUUUCUUCGCCCUUUUAUUUUUCCUUCUCCUUCUCUUGAAUUUCUGCUACCGACUUGCUGUUUAGUGAAGAGUCUUCAAACAGAGAAUUAAAUUUGGGUUAAAGAUUGAUUUGUUAUGGCUGCCUUUCUGUGCAAUUUCUCGUGUAAAUGGGAUACGGAUAAUGGUGGAGGUUCUGAAUCCCAGAACUUGAGAGAUAUUUCAAGGAAAGAGAUGGGUUUGGACUGGAUGCUGCGACCGAAGGAUACCAUGGAAAAGACUCCGGCAACGGUUUCGGACAAGCAACAGGAGGUUCAGGUUGAACCUGAAGAGACUAAGAAGAUGAAUCCCAGGGACUUGAAUCCAUAUUUGAAGAAUAAUGGUAGUGGGUAUCCAGAAGAUUCAGAUGUUAAUGCUUGUCAGAACCAAGUUCUUUUUUCUUCACUUGUGGGUGAUGGAGGUGCAAGCUGGAGGUUGAAAGCAUUGAAACGAGCUCAGGAGCAAGCAGCCUGUGAAGGACGGAAGCUUGAGGAGGUGGUUGAAGAUCGGUGGGGCUCUCUUGGAGAGCUGGCAGUUUCUGUGGCAUCCCAUAGAGUGGCACCAAAUCAUGCUCAUCUUCAUGCGAUAAAAAGUCGGAGGAGAGGGCUGAAGGACGGAGAACAAACAGAUGCAGAUAGAGACAAGGGAAUAUUUAUUGAGAAGGAUGGGUCUUCGUGCCAUGCUAAUAUGAGAAUACCAAAAGUUCAGGAUUCUUUAUCCUGGGGAAAGCGUAAGAUGCCUGCUCAGGAUAUCAACCUCUCUGCUGCAGUGUCUAGCUUAAAUAAGUUUUCCAAUGAUGGAAGCUUUAUGCGUGACUUUAUGCAAAAGAAAAAUGAUAGUUCAAAUGAUCCUGUCAAUUCUUCAAAUGCAAAAAAUGACAGACUAGUGGAAUCAAAUUUGGUUGAAAGACAUGGUGAAGAUGGUCCAACUGUGAAGCCAGCAUUGACGGCAAACCAGUUGGCUGCCAAAGUCAUGCAGCUUCACAUGAAAGGGAAGCAUGAAGAGGCUGAAAAACUUGUGGAGGCUGAAAACACAAAGGCAAAGUCAGAUGCUGAGGAUGAGUCUCACAGACCACGGAUUGAUGGGAGCACAAGCAGAUAUAUCAUGCAUGGUGUAUCUGCUCGACAAAAGAUGAAGGAGGAGGACGCUGACUUGUAUCUGGCUCAAAAGAUAAUGUGGAACCAGCAGUAUAACAUCUCUGGUCAGGCAGAUGAUGAGUAUGAUUAUGAUGAUGGUCCAAGGAAAAAGACUCGGCACAAAGGAAUGGGUACAGACCAAAAACCAAAUGAGAUAAGUCAGGCAACUAGGAUUGCAAAUCGCCUCUUGACACAGAAAGAGAGGUGUCAAUUUUGUUUUGAGAAUCCAGUGAGACCAAAGCAUCUUGUUGUUGCCAUUGCAAAUUUCACCUACUUAUCAUUACCUCAUUGGCAGCCUGUUGUCCCUGGUCAUUGCUGCAUUUUAACUAUGCAGCAUGAGUCUCGGACAAGAACUGUAGACAACAAUAUAUGGGACGAAAUCCGGAAUUUCAAGAAGUGCCUGAUAAUGAUGUUUGCUAAGCAGGAUAAGGAUGUUGUGUUUCUUGAAACAGUGAUGGGCUUGGCACAGCAACGCCGCCAUUGUUUGCUGGAUUGCAUUCCGCUGCCCCAUGAAGAUGCAAAACAGGCACCUUUGUAUUUCAAGAAGGCAAUUGAUGAGGCAGAGGAGGAGUGGAGUCAACAUAAUGCCAAGAAGCUGAUUGAUACCAGUCAGAAGGGCCUCCGUGCUUCAGUUCCAAAGAACUUCCCUUACUUUCAUGUCGAAUUUGGCCUAGACAAGGGAUUCGUUCACGUGAUUGAUGAUGAAAAGCAAUUUAAGAGCAACUUUGGCCUAAAUGUGAUAAGAGGUAUGCUACGCUUGCCUGCUGGAGACAUGCACUGUCGACAGAAGCAUAUAUCGUUGGAGAUGCAGAAACAAGCUGUUGCUGUUUUUGCCCAAGAUUGGGAUCCAUUUGACUGGACGAAACAACUUGACUAGCUGUAUUGAGCACAAAUAUUUUACUGUAAUGGUGUUAUCAUGUACUAUAGAGGUUUCAGUAAAAGUGGUGAAGGUUGGGAUCCCAGCAUUCCAGGUCCGUACACAUUGAUGCGGUCAGUAAUCCCUUUGACAGAGCAUAUUGGGAUGUUCAAUAUUUGUUCAAGUGCUUAGGUUCCAAUUUGUUGUUGACACAAUAGAACCGAGAUCGUAGUUUACUUGAUCUUGGUCGAAGUCUGACCCAAGUUCCUUGUAAAUGCUGACAGCUUCAUUCAGUUUUGGUUAAGCAGCAUCAUGUCGUAUAAGCUAUGUCAAGAAUUGGGGAACAGUUGCAAGCUGAUGAGUAAAAAUUGCUAGUAAAUUUUUGGAUAAGAAUCAUCAAGGUUGCUA